AUGCAGUCUUCCCUUAGUAGUGUCGAAUAUAUGCAUAUCGACGAGGUAGAGAAGCUCGAGCGAUACCGUCCCGGAGGAUACCAUCCAGUAAUCGUGGGACAGCAACUGAAAGACCGGUACUGCAUCAUCCAUAAGCUUGGGUUCGGUGCGUACUCAACGGUAUGGUUGGCGAGAGACCAACAAGCUAGCAAAUAUGUCGCAAUCAAGAUUUCGGUAUCAUCAAUUGACUCGGUGGACUCCCAGGAGAGCAAUAUCUUGCGUCAGCUGGAUAUCGUGCGUUCUCAGGCUGACGGACACCCGGGAAAGGCGUUGAUGCCACCUAUAUUGGACGAAUUCCUUCUUUCUGGCCCGAAUGGUACGCACCAGUGUUUGGUCACAGUACCAGGAAUGAUGAGUCUGGCCGAGGCCAAAGAUGCUUCAUAUAUUCGGCUCUUCCAACUGCCUGUAGCCAGGGGGAUCGUUGCCCAACUUGUCCAGGCUGUGGCGUUCCUACACUCCGAGGGCAUUGCUCAUGGUGAUCUCCAUGCCGGCAACAUCCUGAUCCGUCUGUCGGAGAGUAUAGACACACUCUCGAAAGAGCAGCUAUACGAGCGAUGUGGACAACCGCAUUAUGAGCCUGUCAUCCGUCUAGACCAGGGCUCCCUCCCUCAAGGUUGUCCCACACAUGUUGUUGUACCUGCUUGGCUAGGGAAAAAAGCCGAACUUGUUUCUUUACCAGAAGCUCAACUAUUCCUGACCGACUUCGGAGAGUCCUUUACGCCGCUUAGUAGUAAACGGUAUUACUCGAACGUCCCGGAUACUCUAGCUCCUCCAGAAGUCCAUUGUGAACCUAAUAAGCUGCUUUCCUUUCCUUCUGAUAUCUGGACGCUGGCAUGUACGAUUUGGACAAUCAUGGGCCAGCGACCUCUUUUUGAAGGAUUUCAUCCAUCAGCUGACUGGAUGAUUAAGGAGCACGUUGAUGCGCUUGGGAAGCUGCCGCCGCAAUGGUGGCUACAGUGGAAUUCUCGGGCGCAGUGGUUCAACGAGGAUGGCACGAGACACAGUGGCGCAACCGCAAGGCCACUGGUGCAGCGAUUCCAUGAUGCAGUGCAGGAGCCACGACGGCAGUCUGGCAUGGGUGAAAUAGGGCCGGAGGAGAAGACUGCCUUGUUCGCUAUGUUCCAUGCUAUGUUGGCGUUUCGGCCCGAGGAGAGGCUGACGGCUAUGGAAGUCUUGGAAUGCGAAUGGAUGCAAAAAUGGGCCUUACCAGAACUUACACGCAUGAAAAUCUGA